AAUCGGGAGCUUCUGGACGAUUCCAGAAGGGCCGGCCGGCCAGAUGGGCCGGUCCGCGUUUUAUUAAAAAAAAAAAAAAAAAAUUACACUGUUAUCAUUUUUUGUUUGGUAUUUAUUUAUGACAGUGUCACUGAGUAUAACUUACAUUCUGUUACCGCUGUCCCUGUGGGCCGUCUUAAAAAAAAAAAAAACAGUAUUAUUUUUUUUUCCAGACUCAUCCUCACGUGUGCAGACGAAAAAUACAGCAUGCAGCUCCGCCCCCUAAUUGUAGUCUGUAUUGAGCCAAAUUAGCUGCUAUCUCGGUGCUCGGAUGGAUAAAAAGAGCAAGGGUGGCGCUGAAAAAUAAGAAUUAAAAAGAGAAAAGCACUCGUGAAAGAAUCGGCAAAAUGCGCGAAAAUAGCUAAUUUUUUUCAUGCAACGACCUUGCUGCCUCAAACUACAGAGGAUUACAACGAAAGUGCACCUCACAAGGGAUAUGUAGCAGCAAGCAUUAGCCAUAAUGAACACACCACAGGUGCAGAGCUGGAAGGUUUACUGAAUUUUUAGAGCCCUUCGAAAGAGUCAUCCAACCUGAGGAAUUGUGGCUCUACAAGAAUCCGCUUGUUGAGUCUGAUCACAUUCCCAAAAGGGUCAUGUUCGCAAUCUCAUUCCUUACUCCAUUGGCGGUGAUAUUUGUGGUGAAGAUAAUUCAGAGGACAGACAAGACGGAAAUCAAAGAAGCAUGUUUAGCAGUGUCACUAGCUCUUGCCCUGAAUGGAGUUUUCACCAACACUAUCAAGUUGAUUGUUGGAAGACCGAGGCCUGAUUACUUCCAGCGGUGCUUCCCAGAUGGACAAGUGAAUACAAAGAUGCAGUGCACUGGCGAACCACACAUAGUCUCAGAGGGGCGUAAGAGUUUUCCCAGCAGUCAUUCUUCUUUUGCAUUCUCUGGGCUUGGAUUCACUUCUUUCUACCUGGCGGGGAAACUGCAGUGCUUUACUGAUCAGGGCCGAGGUCGUAGCUGGCGUCUGUGUGCCAUGGUGCUGCCCCUCUACAGCGCAAUGAUGAUUGCUUUGUCCAGAACCUGUGACUACAAGCACCACUGGCAAGAUGCCUUUGUUGGAGGAGUGGUCGGACUAUUGUUUGCUUACAUCAGCUACCGCCAGUACUACCCCCCUUUUCUGCACUCGGACUGUCACCUUGCCUACGCCAGCCUGGCUGCCACCGCUCAUACAUCCUCGCAUCCUCAGGAGGAUCAGCGGCCAACUGACAAUGCCACUUCCCUACCCCUGGAGGCCUUGACUGAAGCACCACUAUGACUAGUGGCCACCACCGAGACUACCCUCAACACCCCCAGCGAGCCAAUGAGCCCACCUCCGCAUUCCCACUGACUUGUUGGCUUUUGUGUACAUUCCAGUGGACAGUAAGGCCACUCCAUUCGCUUUUGUUCUGUCUAGGUGUUGACAACUUCCUUUUUUUCGUGUAUGUGUUUUUUUUUUACUGUUCUCACUUAGCAGCUGUGAAAGUCUUGAUGUUGAUAUAUUCUAUGACAAGAACUUGAGAAUAUGAAGCGAUAGUAUUGCAAACUGGAAACAAACACAUGGCACAAGCUAAGGGAGUUAAGGCGAAAUUGAUUGUUUAUGUUGUCACUUGAAACUGCCUCUUUGGAACUGCAUCCUUAAAGAAGCAAUCUAGGGCAGCUGUGUUGUAAAUACUUGAAGGUGUUUUGCAUCUGUUCAUUUCUUGAAAAGGGGUAACCCUGACUUAAGAGUGUUUUAUGUUUGUUAGGUCAUGGUGCUAUAUCUAACACAUCCCAAAGCAAGUAGCAUCCAUCAAACCAUCUUUUUCCCCAAAAUAGCUUGACGUUAAGAUGCCACCAGGCGCUGCAUUAUAAUUGGGUGUAGAACAUGAACCAAUGUAAUAUGAUUCGCUGGUAGGACACACUCUACUUCAUCCGUUUGGAGAAGUACCCAACUUCAAAAUGAUGGAUGAAUCCCAAUAACUAUAACACAUCUUAACCUGAAUAUAUUAGAUGUUUUUUUAUUUUUUUUUUAAAUUUGUUUUAGCAAGUAAGAUACAGUUUUGCAAAGGUUUUUCAAACUGUAGGUAGUCUUUUGCAUACAAAGCUUGAGCAUAUCAUAAUCACUUUAAAGGGAUCCACAGAUAGAAAGACUAGUAUUUCUUAAAAGAUGUUAUUAUGAGUUAAAAUAAUUUGAUAUUAAAACCCCUCUUGAUGUUUUCGUUUUUAUACCAUUUUUAAAACUAGUUUAACUCGUAGGUUACCAUUGUUGUUGACAUCGCAGGGUGGUGACGUCACUGGGUUACGCUGCUGGACAUAAACAUGUCAUCUGUUCAACCCUUUCAAUUUGAACCCGAGAGGAACAUUCAUGAGCAUGACAGCAUUUUUGAUAUUCCACAAAACAAGCAGCAAAAGCAAAAUGAACCGGGAAGAUGGGAUGAGACAAGACGAGAGUAUUACAAAACCGGUGUUCGGCCAAAAUGUGCUACACCGGCGAAAUGUGCACUUUUAGCUUGUUUUGUUUAGAUGCAUACAGCCAGAACAUAGUAAAAAUGCCUUAAGAAAAUACUUAAACUUAGUACCCUAUUGGCCUGAAUAUAAGACGGCCCUGAUUAUAAGACAACCCCCUCUUUUUCAAGACUCAAGUUUGAAAAAAGACUUUUUGAACACCAAAUUAAUUUAUGUACAGAAAAUAAUUACAGUACAUCCGAAACAAAUGAUUAUAACAAUAUAUUUGAGAGAAAAAGCAUGUUAUUUUGCUUCAUUCAAAUCUUACUAUCUGAACAUUUAAAUCUGUAAACUAAAGUGCAAUUACAUUCGUAAAUGAAUGGCUUCUGGUUUUUGAAAUGUAAAUAAACCAAUCUAUUGUGAUAAAAAAACAAAAUUGCAAUAACUGCAUUAACCAUCAAAGUGAAGUCUAACUGUAACUGUAGUCAUGAAACAAAUCUGAAUAAGGAAAAACAUUGCAAUAAAACAAAGCAAACUGGUUAAACUAAAAAGUGUAGCUGAGAUCUGUCAUGACAGAACAUCGCUUCAAUGAUAUCUGGCGCCAUCUAGCGUCGCGAUGGGGAGAGUAGCUGAGAUCUGUCAUGACAGAAUAUCGCUUCAAUGAUAUCUGCCGCCACCUAGCGUCGUGAAUGGGUAUAAUGUCUAGACCGUGAAUAUGAGACGACCCCCUCUUUUUCAGUGUUAUUUCAAUGCAAAAAACACCGUCUUAUAUUCGGGCCAAUACAGUAAUAUCAAAUAAGGGUGGUUUAAAUACGCUACAUGACUAAUGUGGUCAAAAGAUCAAGAAAUUACUUUAAAGCUACCACAAGAAAACACAAUGGUUAAAAGUAUGAGAGGGAAACACAUGCAAAAAGUAUUUUGAAGCAAUGAAAAGGUAAUCAAAGACUCAAUAAAAACACAAAUAGUAAGUACUUGUCGCUUUUAACCAAUGUGCGCAUAUGUUGGACAUAUCGCUGCGUAUAAGGAAUUGCAGAACACCGGUAGUGUUCGUCUAGCCCGGGGGCCAAAUGCGGCCCGUGGUCAAAUUUCAUCCAGCCCCCAGCGUCUGUCAUAAAAUUAAUAAUGUCUGGCCAGCACACACUUAAUAAAUUGGUCAGCAGUACUGCUACCAGCAUAUGAAGUAGUUUACACACUAAAUGCUGCUCCUCAUUUAUCUACUAUAAGGCAGCAGCACUCUAAGCAACAUUACCCUGUGUGACCCUUUACUUCCAAUUUUCUAAAAUGGCGACAAUCAACAAAAAAAAGUUGACUGCAAUGGCCAGCGCUUCAAGGAUAAGUGGAAAUUGGUUUAUUUCUUUACUAAAAUACGCAACAACUGUGUCUGCCUCAUUUGCAAAGAGACAGUCGCUGUUUUUAAAAAGUUCAAUGUGAGGCGAUAUUACCAAACAAGACAUGCUGACAUGUACGACAAGAUUACAGGGAAGAUACACAGCGAGAAAUUGAAGCAACUUGAAGCUAGUUAAAUUUCACAGCAGUAAUAUUUUUGCAAGAGCUCGAGAGUCGAAAGAGUGCCACAAAGGCUAGUUGCGAGAUUGUUGAAAUUAAUUAAAAAAAAAAAAAAAAAAAAGCAAAUGUGACACACAGAAUGGGUUGCUAAAAUUUGCUUAAAUAUGUUCGUCGUAAAAGACGUCAGCCAAGGUCGGCCCCCCACAUUUUUACCAGACCAAAUCUGGCCCCCUUUGCAGAACGUUUGGACACCCCUGGUCUAGUGAGUGACAAACUACGUCAUCACACGGAGCGUCAAUUGCGCGCAUAAAACAUGGCGCCCUCCGUAGGUAGAUUUUUAAAUCAAUGGCAUUAUUUUAUGUGUUUCUACUAACAUAUUCUGGUAAAAGAGAACAUUUGUAGCUUAUUACAGCCUAAAAGUCUUUAAGUCCCUUUAAAAAUAAGCCUCUAUAUGCGGACCGUCACAUGACUAAAAUAGGUGGACAGACUUACUGAGUAGACUGCAAUAACCAUUAAAAUAAAUUCAAACUCGCUAAGAUUUACAUUUCUAUUAUGAUUGGUAUGUAUCUUUUUUUUUUUUUAAACACUAUAUCAACUAUGGGAAGAUGAAAAAAAGCAUGUCAUCUUUUUUUAAACACUAUAUCAACUAUGGGAAGACGAAAAAAGCAUAUCAUCUUUGAAAGAUUAACAGCGAUAUUGUGUCAACAAAAGACAUUGAAGAUGUUUAAAUUUUUAAAAGGUGCUUUGCCGCAGUCUCCCUCUAAAGGGCUAGGCAUAUACCCUUUGCCAAGCACAUAAAUAUGUUGCACAUAACCACUAUUAUCCAACAGCAGAAUGGUGGUUAGUGAAAAUGCUAAGUGGCUAGUAACUUGGGGAAACCACUAGCCAUGAUGUCUUGUCCGCAAAAAGAUUCAUGUCAAGCCCUGGGUACCUUAACAAGUGUACGCCUUCAGAUUUGUUUUAUUAUAGAACAUAUUUAAGGCAACGGACAGGAAGUGAAAGUGCCUUCUAGUGCAUUCUAGAAACAAGUCUACUCUUUAAUACACGCAAGCUUAAGACUCUGGCUAGAUCAUGGCUAAUGAUAUGCUUUUGGUAUGAAUGUACCAAUAUGUAAAUCUUAACUCACGGGAACAUAAAAAUAUGCGAAUCAGACCAAAAAAAAAAAAAAAAUGCCAUUGAUGUUUUUAUACACAACAAUUCAGAAUGAUAAAACUGUUACUGUUGCAAUUUUGAAUUGUUCAUUUCCUAAAAUGAAGAGUUGAUGGAACUGUUAAAACCCUCGUGAUUAUGAAUUUAUUUUGUUUUAUAGUUAUUUAGGGGUCUGUGAUUAACAUGAUAUAAUAAUGAUAACAAACUAACUAUGAUUUGGCCUGAUGAAACCAAGUUUGACACCUAGUGAGUUUUCUGAAACCUUGCAAGUAAGCUUUUUUCUGCAAGCUAUUGGAUAUUCUCACAUUUCGAAUUAUUUCCAGAGAGUUUACAAGUAGCAUUCAUUUCUAUGAAGCCACUACUCUUUGACACCACAACCCACACAAAAUGGGUGUUAUGUGCAUGUCACAGAUGAGAAUUAGACACUCGUGUAGUGUAAGUGGUUUUCUAUUGUUAGAGUUGAGUGGAGUGGGCUUUCAAUUUACCUUUUACCCUCAAUGCUGCUUUGGGAAAUACAGGCAUUGUGUUGUCUGAAAUUAAAAAUAGCUACUCUAAAUUCUGACGCCACAAUAUUGGCUAAAUCACCAUAGCAACAUAAGGAUGACUGUAGAACUAAUAAAUUUUGGGGGAACUGCAGAAGUAUUCUACUAAAAUCUACUCAUCCAGCAAUUUGUCACUGCUCAUUUUCCCUACCGCUCGAACAUUUUAAAAAUCCAAACCUCCCACUACAUUCCCUUACUCAUCAAUUUCUACUUUGUCUCAUCAAUUUUAUUCCUUUGUUUGACAUGUUUCCAGCGGUUACACAUGAAUACAAACAUUGACUGAAAUCAAUACGAGACAGGGGGAUGGCAGGGUGGAAGUUUAUCUUUACAGAAAGUCUGGGCUGAUCCUGCAUUAAUCCUCAUUAUAUGGGGUCACUGCAAUUGCUGCUUAAUGAGGGCACCACCAGUACAGUAUAUGAGUCCCCAAAGGAGAAGCCCAGAACUGCAAAUCAGCAUAUACUGUAGACUGUAAACUCAUGAAUACAAGGAAUACAAUGUAGCUUCCCCAGGAAAACAUACCUAACCACCAAAAGCAUUUCAGCCAAACCUGAAAAGAACCACUAAUGUGGCCGUAGAAUUGUUUUAUUAAGGACAUUUUUUAAAAUUUAUGUUAUUUUGUAUUUAUACAUAUACCAUAUAAUGAUUAAUUCCUUAUUGUUGAAUGUUAAUUUCACUUAGGAAAUCAAAUGUCACAAAAUGUUUGUCUUUGACUUUCGUGGUUCUAAUUGCAUGAAAAGUUGUUUUGCAAUGUACUUCUUUUAAAUGGGGAAUUUGCAGGUUUUAGCUCAAUGAUUUUUAUGAGCAGUGCAAUCAAAUGAAAUUCAAAAUGGCUAAUAAACACCUGUGGAGCAGGACUAUUGCUAAUUCCAUGUCACUUCUGUUUUAGCUGCCCCUUUGCUCUUCUCCUAUGUCCUAUUCUUGUCAAAUAAUUAACAAAUUCAGUGUUUAGCUGUUUGUUUGUUUUUUUUUCCAGAGGUGGAUAUCACUAUUUAGUCUAAAGUAACCGGGUAAUCAUGAUCACGGGGAGUAUGACGAUGACCAAAGUGUGCCACAAAGCAUAUAUGGCAAAUGACUGACGCAUAAUUAGUUAAAGCCAGUGGUGGAAUGUAAUGAAGUAAAAGUACUUUGUUACUUUACUUUAGUAAUUUUUAAUGUAUCUGCAUUUUACUUAAGUAAAAAUAUGAAGUGGUACUUUUUACUUGUACUUUAGAGCAUGUAUCUGUAUUUUUACUCCACUGCUUUUCAAAUUGUCCCGUGUUACAUGCUACUUUUGUUUUUUGGUUUUUCUUAUUGUGAAUUGAUAGUUUUGUUUACAUGCAUGCGCCGAAAUUGAUAAGCCCUGGUGUAAUAUGGACCUUUUUUUUUUUUUUUUUUAAACAGAAAAUUACAGUAAAUAUAAACGAACACGACAGGGCUAAAAACGAAAAUUAAGUGCGAGGAAAAUGUAACUCACCAUAUGCUGAAUCAACUUUUUUAAAAGCGGCCUCUCUUAAAACUUGACGGCAAAUAUCCUUAGUCUUAGGCAGUGAUGGGCACGUUACUUUAAAAAAGUAAUUAGUUAUAUAGUUACUCACUACUUCUUCCAAAAAGUAACAGUUAGUAACUGAAUUACUCCAUAGUAAAAGUAACUAGUUACCAGGGAAAGUAACUAUUUCCGUUACUUUAAAAAGAAGUUGUUGUAUGUCAAAGAAUUUGAAAUUUUCUGAGCAGUAUUCGAGUCAGUUGAAUAGAGAAGAACAGACAGGUAGUUGUGUUAAAAAACCUUGUAAUUUUACGUGAAUAAACUUUACAGAUACGGUGGCAAAAAUACAUAAAUACUUUAACUUAAGUAACAAAAGUGAGUACUUCAUCCACCACUCGUUAAAACUUCAGUCUACAAUUGGUUGUUCUUUCUAGGGCCCGGUAUUUCUUUACACAAAAUUCACAAAAAAAAAAAAAAAACCCAAACAAAAAAUGCAAAUUCCCCUUUUAAUAGAAUGCUAUUGCUAUUUUCCAUAAAUCACCACUUAAAAUGUAAGAGAGGACUCCUUCAGCAUACAAUUUUUUUCACAUUUAAUUUAGCCUCAAUCUCUUGCCUCAAAACUCUUCUAACAUGUGCGUGUGUGUUUGUGCACAGAUGCGUGUGUGUGUGUGUGUGUUGUAAAGAAGGUAUUAAAUCUCACACAAGUACAACAGCAAAGGAGACUGGAAGAGGAAUUCAUUCAUCAUCUCCACAGGUUGUCUGGAGAGUUGAUAAUGUUUGCUAUAAAAAAGAUUUGUAACUGUGAGCUUUAAAAUCUGACUAAUUGUGACACUGCUUGAUUUAGUGUCCUGAUAUUUGCAUUUGUAUUUUUUCCAAAGAAAAUAUAAUUCAAUAUUGUUGUUGUUUUUUUUUUUUCUUUUUAAUUUGGCACCAUGCCAUUUAUAGAUUUAAGAGAAAAUGUCAAUAUAAAACAGAUGCAUGUCAAAACACCACUAGUUUGUUAAAGAGAGGGAUAACUUCUGUUCUUUAAAAUCAAUGCUAAUUUAUGCUACUUGUUCUUUCCACUUCACUAGCCAGUGGACUCAAGGGAUAGAGAAGGUAAUUGAAGUUCAAUGAGUUAUACGUAUUAUCUGUUUCAUGGGGGAAAAAUGUCAGAAGAAUAAAUGUGUGUAAGCUUUAGGAAUUGUUGUUUAUGGCAUGCUAGUUCAGUUUGUAAGGAAAAACAAUUGUUCAUUCUUUUUUUAAAAGAAAAAGCAUGCUUUGCCUUGAGAACUCACAGAACUGUGUUCUGACACUUCAAUACUAUAUAUAUAAUAGAGGACUGCAGCUGUGUGAAAUGUGUCUAUAAAGAAAAGAAGACUGCAGUCAGUGGUGUUAGGAAUUGUUUUUAUUCAUAGAGCCUUCCCAUAGCAGGAGUAAACAGGAUGUGGUGUUUGAGUCGGUUUAUGUAAUUCAUUGACA